AUCGUCUGCGGGUAGCGCGAGCUACACUUGAACCCCUGGUGACGAGCGACUUUGGCCAGCAAGGACUCGAGUCCAAAUCGGAGUGAAACUCCUCCUCAUGCUGAUCAGGUCGUCAACAGCACUGGCAGAGCAGCAGCAGCAGCAGGAGGAGGAGGAGGAGGAGGAGGUGGAACAGAAGGAGGAGGAUUUUUUUUCCUGUUCACGAGUACUGGCAGAGCCGUGCAGCGUCUUCUGAGGAGACCCAGCAAAAAUGUGAGCGCUGCGCUCCGCUCGGUGUGACAAGUUAUCACUGGAGAAUGGACGCCGUAUAAACUACAUCCAGCUGGAGGGCUCGAGGCAGGAGGGGUGGGGAGGUCACCCUUAAAGGGUCGCCUUCUUCUUUUGCACGACUCUUAAGAAGAAAAAAGAACGCAGAACCCGCAUCUGCACGCUGAGAAGAAUACCUGGCUUCUUACAUACAUUUUAACGGAUUGAAACCUCUAGCCCUAACAGUGGGAAUAACGAUUCUUUUUUUUUGGGGGGGGGAAGAAAUACACUAAAAUAAAAAAAAAUAAAAAAAAAAAACGCGAGAGCAAAUCCAUACACCUUUGGAUUAAUAGUUAUUGUGUUUCCCUUGAAGGCGGACUUGUUUCGGGUGGAAAUAUAAAUAUUGAACACUCGAACCGUAUUCGGUGGUCCUCAUCCAGGCAAUUUUGAACUAAAUCCUGUAAUAACGGAUAUUGUCUUUUACACUUGCCGCGUUCCCAGCUUCGACAAGAAUCUGUUGUAUGACCUCUCGGAAUUAUCCAGACUUAUUUCAGUUUCAGCACCUGCGAUCUCAGCAGGCAUUUACACAAUCGAUGUUAUCCGGAGGAUGGUAAAUGAUCGAUGGGAAAUCAUGAACAGUGUAUCAGAGCUCGAGGACGGACAACAGCACAAACCUCAGACAUUCUGUGAGUGCGUUCCAAACCCAUCUCAGACCCACCGGCACUGGUCAAAGUUUGACACAGUCAAUCAGAGCCCACAGAGAAUGAGCUGUGGGUACCUUCUCUGCACCAUUCUCCUCUUUGUGGCGGUUCUUCUCGCUGUGACCGUGACCGGCACCAUCCUGUUUAUGAACCAUUACCAUGCCCCAGUGACGGAAGGCCCACCACUCAUCAACACAAAUCAGGAUGAAAAGAAUGCCCUUGUGACAAUCGAGAAGGUGGACGGCUCCCGGAUUAACAUUUUCAUCGACCCCAACUGCCCAGACUACAAUAAUAACUUUCUCCGCUUGGAGGGCGUGCAGACCUCACUCUUGCACUCCCUCACGGACCAUGACAUGGACCUGAAGUCAGUGAAGGGUCAGGACCGGGCUCUCCUCGUGAACUUGGCAGAGGAAGUGGCAAAGCUGUCAGCACAUGCGGGGCAACUAAAAAUGGAUUACGAGGCGCUCAGAAGAGGGCAGGGCACACUGGGGCAGGAUCUGAAUACGCUUCAGACAGAGCAAGGGAGACUCAUUCAGCUGCUGUCUGAAAGCCAGAUCAACAUGGUGAAGGUGGUGAACUCGGUGAGCGAUGCCCUGAACAGCAUGCAGAAGGAGCAGGGGGUCCUGAAGAACCGUGUCAAAGCUGACCUACAGAGGGCGCCGGUUCGAGGUCUCCGGCCCAAAAGCUGUAAUAAUGGCUCCCGGCCAAAGGACUGCUAUGACAUUUACAUGAAUGGACAAAGGGAGGACGGCAUCUACUCCGUGUUCCCCACUCAUUACCCCUCGGGAUUCCAAGUGUUUUGUGACAUGACCACGGAUGGCGGAGGAUGGACGGUUUUCCAGCGUCGUGAAGAUGGCUCAGUCAAUUUCUUCAGAGGAUGGGAAGCCUACAGGGAAGGAUUUGGGAAGAUAACCGGAGAGCACUGGCUCGGUAUGAAGCGAAUUCACGCCCUUACCAUCCAGGCCAACUACGAGCUGCGCAUCGACCUGGAGGACUUUGAGAACAGCACGGCGUUUGCUCAUUACGGGACCUUUGGGGUGGGACUGUUCUCCGUGGACCCAGAUGAAGACGGCUACCCCCUCACUAUCGCGGAUUAUUCUGGAACAGCAGGUGAUUCUCUACUAAAGCACAACGGCAUGAAGUUCACCACAAAGGACCAAGACAACGACCACUCAGAGAACAACUGCGCUUCAUUUUACCACGGCGCCUGGUGGUACCGCAACUGCCACACGUCCAACCUGAACGGCCAGUACCUGAAGGGUCACCACACAUCGUAUGCGGAUGGCAUCGAAUGGUCCUCAUGGACAGGCUGGCAGUACUCCCUCAAGUACUCCGAAAUGAAGAUCAGGCCCAACAAGGACGACAAGAAGUGAGGAGUGCAGGGUGACGGGACCCCAGUGUAAAAUUAACAAAAAAUCAAAAACUUUCUCACCUUUCUCCAAGAUGCUGACCGUUCACAUAAUGAGGACAAUGUUUAGGGUUUUUUUGUUUUUUUCUUUCAGUUUGUUCCUGUGGAAGACUUUAGUAUCCCAUACCAUAAAACCGUAUCAUAGGCCACCGCCAUUUUUGACAUGAUGACGUUUAUUCCUUUCAGAUUAGGGUAGAGAAUGAACAGAAAUGUAUUUAUUUAUGUGAUUUUAGAGGUUACCCUGACGCGCAGAACAAUGUCGCUGUUUGGUGUUACAAGCACAGGACCCUGAAUCCCCACCCCGUCAGGCCGUGUCCGUCAGUCCACACAGGGAUGUUGUUCUUCUCUUGGUUCUUUGAGACUUUUUAGCAUUUCUCCACAUACAAAGAUGAGAUUCUCCUCAGACUACCUCAGAGCGCCGUGGGUGAGUGGUGUGCAGCUAGAGGCACUAAGGUCUGCCGUUCAGACAUCCUGGAGGGACACGUGGGGGGCUCUAAGUGUCAGAGUCCAUCAGCAGCAUUUUAGCAUCACUAGCCUGAUGAGCACCAUCGGUGAAAGGUGGGACAAUCAGAGGGAGAAGGAGAGAGAGAGAGACAUUCAGCCAAGGACCCCAUGGGUAUUGAGAGCAGGUUAGGGUCACCUUGAGGGAAAGCCCUCCAAAAAAAACAAGGGAUAUUAUUAUGUAGGAGGAGGAGCUUCAGACCAUCUUACACCUUACUCAAUGAUCCAGACCAGCUCUGGAAUUUAUAUGCCGUCUUUCUGUAUUCAGUCCCUCGCCCAUAUGCUUCAUCGUGUAGAUGUUUUCCCCAAGUUGAAGCACAGGCAGCUGAAGGGACUUUUAUCACCACCAGAGGGCAGCACCGAGAACCUAUCUGUCUUAUAUAGUGCCUUUCAUUUCGAUCUCUCUCAUGAAAGGUGCUACAUAAGACAAAGAUAAUGAAAAGUGUUAUUAAUCUAAAUAUCUACCUUAUAUACCUCCUUUGAUUACUGCCUAGCAAAUGAAAUGCACUUUAUAUAAGACAGAGAAAUAGAAACCAUUAUAUAUCCAUUUAUCUUAUAUAGAUCGCUUCAUUUCUAUCUUAUGUAACAGCUUUUCUGUGUCUCUGUCUUUUGUAGCACUUUUCUUGCCUGACUAUCUGUCUGUCUUUACCCAAUUGAAGCACAGGGCACUGAAAGGAGUUUCAUUCUAGCUAUCUGAAGUGCUGUAUAAAAGAGAAAAA